AUGCUUGAUUGCAACGGAUUCUGGUCACCAUGUGAGACAGUGCUUCCACCUUCAGAAGGUCCUGUGCACCUUGCAGACAUACUGCCAGUUCCCUUGAGAGCAACUGCUUCCUUUGGACUUGGCAAGUGUAUGCGAGCUAUCUGGACUCUGCCUAUGAUUGAAAGAGAAAGUGAGCAGGAGAAAGAAAAGGCUGCGGUGGAACGUAUAUCAAAGGAAGAGGAGAAAAUAAAAGAAUGGUUAGAAAUGUACACACUAUUGGAUGAAUAUGAAAAGAAAAUAUCAGCUGAGAUAGAGCGAAAGGCUAUUUCUACUGAAGCCAAGUACCGAUGGCUUUCACUGUCAGAGAGGCUACCAGAAGACAAGGUGACAGAGGAUGAAUACACCAGUGUAGCUUUUGGAUCAGAUAACAGUCUAUUUAAUGCUGGAGAAGUAUCAGAUGUGCAUGUGGGGAAAUCAGCAGAAUUUAUGGAAGACGUAGAUUAA